AUGGCUCCUAUAAUGGAUGAACCUGGCGACCACCUAACUGCAAAGAUUCAUCUGACGGUGCUGCUUAUUGGUUGUGCGAGUCAUAGACUCAACCUUGCUGUGCGCGACUUCCUCCGUCCUCACGAGGCUGCGCUCAGCGAAGUUCGUCAGCUGAUGCGCAAAGUGCGCACUCUGAAUCAAGCGGCGAAACUGAGAAUAGAGCAAAGACCAAAUUGA